UGCUGUCAAAUGUUGCACUGUUGCAGGACAAUAACAAAUACAACAAAUAGAUAAGAUAAAAACUAGUUUUUAUAAUUUAAAAUGACGAUAUAUAAUGACAUUAAAAAAUCUCUCUUUGACAUAGUUACUUAUAAUUAUUUACACGUAUUUUUGUAAAUAUUUUUUAAAUAAAAUCAUGAAAAAUAGCCACAAAUUGUGUUAUUGGUGUUUACUUUAUUACAUCAAAUAAUAAUUUAAUAGGUGUAAAAACUUUACACGUCAAGAUGAUAAGAACGAAGAGAUAUUCCUGCAAAUAUUUAAUUCUGUUGGCUAUGUCUUCCGUUUUAAUUUUGAUGACAUUUUGCGAGUACUUUAUUUAUUAUAUUGUUCUUAUACAGUGUCAUUGGCCUGUCAUGGACCAUCGAAACUUAGAUCCAACAAUCGUUCGUCCAACAUUUGAGGAGAAACCUGUGCGAGCAAUGUUUCUGGCAGACACACACUUGCUUGGACCUCGAAAUGGACAUUGGUUUGAUAAGCUAAGAAGGGAAUGGCAAAUGUACAGAACAUUUCAAACUGCGAUGGCAAUUCAUAAACCUGACGUAGUUUUUAUAUUAGGUGAUGUAUUUGAUGAAGGUCUUUGGUCUAGUCCAGAAGUAUUCGAAGGCUAUACGAAGAGAUUUCGUUCCAUAUUCAGCGUUCCAAAGAGUACUAAUUUGCAUGUGGUGGCCGGCAAUCAUGAUAUUGGCUUUCAUUAUGUGAUAACACCGUAUUUACAUCAACGAUUUGUAAAUGGAAUGAAAGCUCCCAGUGUUCGAAGGAUCAGUAUUAGAGGAAAUCAUUUUAUUUUGAUAAACAGUAUGGCUUUGGAGGGUGAUGAAUGUUUUCUUUGUCGAUCAACUGAAAUUACAGUAAAAAAAAUUGCAAAACAAUUGAAUUGUGCACGAGGUACUGAAGUUGUAGAUUGUACAAAAAAUAGUUCCAUAAAACAUUACAGUCGACCCAUUAUUUUACAACAUUUUCCAAUGUAUCGUGAAUCUGAUGAAAUAUGCAGUGAAUUGGACGAAGCUCCGUUAGACAUAAAGAAUAGUAAAUUUCGAGAAAAGUGGGAAUGUCUUUCAGAAGAAGCUACGAAUCAGCUUUUAGACAUAUUAAAUCCAAGAUUAAUAGUCGAUGGCCACACUCAUCAUGGUUGUAAAAAUAUUCACAGGAAUAAUAUUUUAGAAAUUACAAUUCCUUCCUUUAGUUGGCGCAAUAAAGACAAUCCUUCAUUUCUAAUGGGGGAGUUUACACCUAAUGAUUAUUCAACAUCUAAAUGUCACAUGCCAGUGGAAUCGACUGUUAUUCGUAUUUAUGUAUUUGGAAUUAUUGCCAUUGUUAUUUGCUUCUGUGUUGCACUCAGUCGCCGUUUUUCUUCGAAGUUUCACACGAAUUAGUACUUUUAAUAAAAAAGAAUUCAAAAUGGCGGAUCCAAUAUGGCGACCAACUUUCACUGAAAGUAUUCAAUUUGUUUGCAGAUUUUUGACUGAGAUAAAAAAUCGUAUGCUUCUAAGGGUCAAAAUCAAUUUUAGUUUAAAAAAAUUUUCGAUACUUCUUUUUCCUUUUAUUUAAAGUUGUGCGAAGUGCGCCAACUGACGACAGUUCGAAGUUACAUUGCGCAAGAGUCAAAGUAAAUUAUUUUAAAGUGUAAUUAGUAUAUUUUAUAAUGUAAAAUAAGUCUUGUACAGAAAUUUUAUAAAUAAAAAUAUUGAAACAAAAAAUGAAUUAAAAAUAAUCUCUAAAAAACAAACGUAUAAUUGAAUUGUAUAUUGUAAAAAUUGUUCCUUUUCUUUCAAAAAAACAAUUUUAUUUGUGUUUCGUAACAGAGAUAAAUUAUCGAGAAUAAAAAACAAUUAAUAUCGAAUUGUUUUUAUUUCACAAAUAGUAAAAGUAAUUAAUAAAAAGAUAUAAAGAAAAUUCGCUGAAGUAAAUAAAUUCUUAAAUUAUUUACGUACAUAUUUACAAUGCGUAUUCUUAAUAUUAACAAUUAUUUCAACGAGCUAUGUAUGAAUGAAUUCUGCUGUCGAUUACAAAGUACAUUAUAUAUUUUUUCUAAUAUAAUCAAAAAUCGCAAAACAGUUAAUAGAAUUUUUCAUUCAUCGCUAAAUUAUUAAACAAAAAAAUAUAUCCGAAUCCCGUAUAUGAAAAUUACAAUUAAUUACGAUUCUUCUUUAAAUUUUAUUAAAAUAAUCUUCUUUAUCCCCAUUACGAUUUUUUCAUUUCCCUAAAUUAAUAA